AUGUCAUCCAAAGGCGACUCAGCAUGGACUUCUGGAGAUGCAUGUUGCUUUGGAGCUUCGGGAAUGAGCUUGAUUUCCUCUUCCUCUUUGAAAAGAGGUUCCCAAGUGGAUGAAUCCUCGCGAGGUUCGAACAUUGGAGUUUCUUGGUCGAUAGGAUCGUUUACUAAUCGUGAGUCUUUUCAAAGAUUGAACAAUCCAUCAUUUGAUGGCCGGAACAAGAAUUUCAACGUUUUUGAUGACGACAACCUGAUCAGCGCAGAUCCUUUCUCAGACCAAAUCGGUCCUCAAUUCAAGUUCCCUCAAAGUAACGAGUUUGAGCUACAAGAUCUCUUUUUCACUACAUGCAAGGCUUUGAAGAACGACCUGAAAAACAUCUCGAAACAGACGUAUCAACUUCAGACCGACCAGCAAGCUUUUGAUCUCGGAAAUACCCAGUCUGACUCGUUCAAUACGGGAUACAAGUUUAUUGACUCCCAACUUGACCAGUUGGACCAGAGAAUCCGUGAACUCAAGAAUGGAUACAAGCUGGAUGAGCCGAACAAAAAAGUUGCUUUGCGAGUGUUAAUCGAUUAUUACAAGAUGGUGCUUUCCAACCUCCAAAACGUUUUGAAAUCCCAUCAGGAUAAUUUGUACAGCGAUAUUUCUGACACCCUAACCUCUGGCCUGUCGCUCAGUGCCCCCGAGGUUCAGAAUUACUCGAAGAAGCUGGAUCUUGAUUUCAUUCAAAGACUGGAAGCCUCGCACCCAUCUGCAGACAAGUCUAUUUUCGAAAAGCUCGUUCAUUACGUUAACGAAAUCGAUAAUAUCAAGAAUUCUAUCGCCAAGGUCUCCAGUCUAAAUGUUGCUACCACUUACUCUGCCGGCCACGAAAGGGACUCAUCUCUUUCGAAAAGUCGAACCGCUCAAAAUUCGUUGGAUACUCGCAAGUCGUUGCCAACUUCCAGUCUAAAUUCAGACCGCUACGGUGAUUUUUAUGACGAGGAGACCUGGGAAAUGCCAAGAGCUAAGACCCGUAACCAGCUACUGAAGAGAAACGCUUACGUUUUGUGUGUGGUUGCCGUUGCGUUUGCUAUCCUGGUUGCGGUCAUUUAUGAGGUGGCUAAGAGAAAGAGCUCCUCCCCCGAGAAGACCACUGUCAAGUACAUCAAGAGCGUCAACGAUCAGCUAAAGUCUCUGCUUGAUAGCUGA